AUGGGUCGUUAUGGCUCCGCAUCUGCCAUUGGCAGCGCCAAAUCACCCUUUCCCACCAGACAAAUGGCCGUACUCGCGUUAUGUCGGAUAUGCGAGCCAAUCGCCUUCAUGUCGAUAUUCCCAUACGCCUACUUCAUGGUCGAAUCCUUCUUGAGCGGCCACAGCGCAACGCAAAUUUCAAUGUACACGGGCAUGGUCACUUCGUCCUUCGCCUUCAUGGAGUGCAUCAGCGGAAUUUUCUGGGGCCGCCUCAGUGACCGGAUCGGACGGAAAAGGGUGCUCCUGGGAGGUCUCUUUGGUACGGGGCUGAGCAUGCUACUGUUUGGCUUUUCUACAAGUCUACCAAUGGCAUUGAUCGCCCGGGCCCUCGGAGGAUUGCUCAACGGGAACAUCGGCGUACUUCAAACGACAGUAGCAGAGCUGAUCACCGAUGAGCGACACCAACCACGCGCUUAUUCGAUAAUGCCCUUCGUAUGGUGCCUUGGCACCAUCAUCGGCGGCGCGCUUGGCGGUUUGCUCGCUCGUCCUGCCGACGUAAUGCCCUUCUUCAAGGGUAGCAUAUUCGAGAGGUAUCCGUUUCUUCUUCCGAACCUUGUUUGCACAGGUUUCGUGGUACUUGGACUUACCGUCGGCAUCUUGUUUCUGGAAGAGACUCACGAAGACCGCAAGUACGACCAGGAUCGGGGACGCGAAGCGGGGCAAUGGCUUCUUCGCAAACUUUGGAAGCGAGACGCAGAUGCAACCUUUGACGACAAGGAUGCGUCGCUUGACGAGAUGAGAUCGAUGCUCAGCGACCACAACCACGGCGGCAAUGCGCAGGCGUAUCAGAGCACCGACAGCUCGCCCACGUUGUGCAGUACGCGCACCUCCAUUUCCGAGCCACCGGACUUCUCCCUGGACAAGGAGCUUGCCCGCGCCCCGACAUUCCGACAAGCAUUCACCAAGCAAGUGUGCCUAAACGUGGUUUGCUACGGCAUCCUUGCCUUUCACACCAUUUCUCUCGAGCAACUCCUCCCGAUCCUCAUGUCCAAAAAGGUGCCAACCGGAGAUUCUCAGCAGCUGCCGUUUCACUUUGAGGGUGGCUUUGGUUGGUCGACGCAAACGACAGGAGCUUUCCUGGCUGCACAAGGUUUCCUCCAAAUGUUUGCCCAGGUCAUUGUGUUCCCCUGGCUCAGCAGGAAGCUCGGAAGCCUGCGCACGUUUUGGAUCACUCUUUCGUGCUACCCAGUCCUCUACCUGCUUGCACCCUACCUGGCCAUCCUCCCCGAGAAGCUUCGGAUUCCCGGACUUGUAGUGUUGCUCAUCGCCAAGGUCACCUUCCAAUCGCUCUCGUAUCCAUCUCUAGCCAUCAUCCUGGCAAAUUCGUCUCCAUCGAAAAAGGUGCUUGGCACGCUAAACGGAGUGGCCAUGUCUUCCGCAAGCAUCUCUCGUGGAUUCGGUCCUACAAUAUCGGGCGCAGUGGACAGCCUCGGAACCUCACUCCACAUGUCCGGACUUGCGUGGUGGACCAUUGCCGCCGUUGCUCUCAUCGGCUGGCUUCCGGGCUUCGCUCUGCAGGAGAGCAGUAAGCGCACAAACUAUGCGGCGAAAGAUGACGAGGAGGCCCUCAUUGACACAGACUCUGACGCAGAGUCAAUCAUGACGCUCACGCCUGACGAGGCAGUGGAGAAUGUUCUUUCAAAAUAA